AUGUCGACAGGAUCCAAUGGUGCUCGGCGCAUAGCGUCGCUGAUGCGACCCUCAAGGCUCGACUCCGGCGUUUGCAGAAGCUGUCAAGAGACUCUGGGUCGCCGCAAUUAUGCUUCUGCAGCUGCCGCUACCACCGAUCCGAAGACCACCGAUACCACAUUUCCUGUCGUCGGGCCCAAAUACACCAUCAAUGCCGGUGUGGUUCUCUCCCGUCCUCCUCAGAUUACCCGCGACCUCGAGCCGUUCGAGAAAGCCUACUACUUCUACCAGAAGCGUCUGAACGAGCGUCUGGCACUCCCUUUCACCAAGUACUUCUACUACAAACGUGGUACACCAGCAGAUGUCGACUGGAAGAACAAGAUCAAGGAGCGCCGGACACCAGCACGCGACAUCGGUAACUACAACGCAUACGCUAGCGAUGCAUGGAACGACGAGCUCGUUCUUGGCGCGAAAGAAUCUGAGCCAGAGCACCAGGUCGAAGCAUUAGUGCAGGAUGCCGAGUCCACGGCCAAUGCCACAUCCCAGGAUACUAGCAAGAAGGAAGAGAUCCCGCGGCCGUUCGCGCGGGUGACGGAGGCCGACAAGAAGGGCGAUCACAAGAGUUUGAACAGAUUGCUACCGCGGACUCUGUAUUUGCUGGUCCAGUCGAAGGAGGGCUACUGGAAGUUCCCCAGCUCGCCCAUCGAGGGGGAUGAGACCCUGCGUGAGGCCGCCGAGCGUACCUUAUCCCAGUCUGCUGGUGUCCACAUGAACACCUGGAUGGUUGGCUUUCAUCCCGCCGGUCAUCACGUUUACACCAACCGCAAACCCCACGUCGAUAAGGCCACUGGCUCCGAACUCCACGGCGAGAAGACUUUCUUCAUGAAGUCCCGCAUCAUGGCUGGUCAGGCUGAUCUGUCCUCUAGCAACCAGAACCUGAAGGAUUUCAAGUGGCUGUCCAAGGAUGAGAUCCCGCAAUACGUGCUGCCUCAAUACUACAGCUACAUUAAGAACAUGCUCGCCGAUCGGUAG